CCUCUAGGCCCUGGGCACAGAGAGACUUCUGCACUCACAAGCGAAGGGAAGGCGAGGCCGGGGCUUCUCUGGGUCACUUCAGGGACUGUCAGCAAGAAAGGAAUGAGCACACAAAUGAGAAAACCAAAACUGAGAGCCUUCUAAGAAGCAUGAGGGGAAGGAAGAUGGCAAGAGAUGAGGAAGGCGCCUAUGGCUCAGAUGACUCCAGGUCCCCACAGGAGCCCCAGCUGAGGCUCAUCCUAGUGGGCAGGACUGGCACCGGCAAGAGUGCCACUGGCAACAGCAUCCUGGGCCAGAAGUGCUUCCUGUCCAGGCUGGGGGCGGUGCCCGUCACCAGAAGUUGCACUUUGGCCAGCAGAAGGUGGGCCGGCUGGCAGGUGGAGGUGGUGGACACCCCGGACAUCUUCAGCUCCGAGAUCCCGCGGGCCGACCCGGGGUGCGUGGAGACAGCCCGCUGCUUCGUGCUGUCGGCUCCUGGGCCGCACGCGCUGCUGCUGGUCACCCAGCUGGGUCGCUUCACCAUGCAGGACAGCCAGGCGCUGGCCGCGGUGAAACGGUUGUUCGGGAAGCAGGUGAUGGCGCGCACUGUCGUGGUGUUCACGCGCCAAGAGGACCUGGCUGGAGACUCCCUGCAGGAUUAUGUGCGCUGCACGGACAACCGCGCGCUGCGGGACCUAGUGGCCGAGUGCGGGGGCCGCGUGUGCGCCCUCAACAACCGCGCCACAGGCAGUGAGCGCGAGGCUCAGGCUGAGCAGCUGCUGGGCAUGGUCGCGUGCUUGGUGAGGGAGCACGGGGGCGCGCACUACUCCAAUGAGGUGUACGAGCUGGUGCAGGCCACGCGGUGCGCUGACCCCCAGGACCAAGUCGCCAAGGUGGCAGAGAUAGUGGCUGAGCGCAUGCAGAGGCGCACCAGGUUGCUAGCUGGGCUGUGGGGAUGGCAGAAAUUCUACCGGAAGGGCUGGAAAUGUGGUUUCACUGUCUUCCUGGGUGUGGCCAUCUUCAUCUACCUGCUGCUCUACAGAAAGGCCUUUGGGGACCAGAAUAACAGAUAAAGCUGGUGUUAGAAGAUGUUCCGUUUUUGAAAACGGGAUAGUUAGAAUUCUGCUCAGAGCUUUAAUGAUUCACAGCGCAGUGACUUUGGCAUCGACUUUGCUAAGGUUCUGUUGUGCUGAGUCUCUGUUUUAACUAUAUGCAUUCAGAGUUUUAAAAAUAAAAAAACCCUUCAGACAUUUCAUCAUCCCUGUGGUCCAUCCUUCCCUUAAAAUAAUGAAAUACACCCAGGAGCUUGUAAAUGGGGGCAAAAAUCACAGC